AUGUCUAGCAACAAAAGUUCUUCAUCGGAGUUCAUGGCAGAGGUGCGAUGUAGGUGCGGAGAUUUGGCUCCAAUGAAGAUGUCAUGGAGUUAUGCUAACCCGAGGAAGAGAUAUAGGGCAUGUCCUAGAUACGCGGGAAAUGGGAGCUGCCGGUAUUUUGAAUGGAUGGACUAUGAUGUCUCGGAACGUGUAUCAAAUGUGCUUAGAGGUUUGUUGAAGAAGGCCGAUAAGCAUGAGAAGGAAAUUGAAAAGCUGCAAUUUACAAUUGAGAAGAAAGAUCAUGAACUGAAAAUGAAGAUUUUGGAGUCAAAUUUGAAGUUUUUGUAUGGGUUUGGAAUUGGUAUGAUAUUUGCAAGGUUUGUUAUCAGUAUUUGGAUGAGGAGUGGUUCUGUGAAUGUAGGGUUAAUGCAGUUACACUAA